ACAGACGACGUUUUGCCAUUCGCUUUCUAAAAACAAAUUCUUUACUCAUUUAAAACGUGGACUUGAGAGCUCAAUGCACUGCAACUUAAGAAAACACAUUCAAAUAGACAAAACACAAACACAUUAAGAAAACGUAUUCAUUAAUGAAAACGUGCUGGAAAUUCAGACACCACUACAAAUGACAGAAACGACUGCAAAUUCUGACAACAAUACGGAAGUGUUUCUGGGGGACACAUAAAGGCCCAUAUUAACAGUAUCCUAUUCAUUAUUUCGCAGAUAAACCUAGUAACCCCGACCCCUAAAAGAAAAAGACGGGGGGGAAUAACGGUUCUAGGAGUGAAGUUACACUUUAAUUGACGCUGUCCAUGUAAACAGUGCUGAAAUAUAAUCUAAUUUAAACUUUACCCCCAGCUCUGAGCACGCAUGUUCUUUGAACUUUGGAGUCAAGAUUCAAUGUUUGGUUGCAGUUUAAAUUGAACCAUUUCGAAAGUACAAAGUACAAAGAACUCGCGUUCGUCAAAAUUGAACGCACCUUAGGUUUGUUGCAUUUUGAAGUAAACACGAAACGUGUCAGUUUCUCACAGCCGGCGAGCUCAUGAACACUGCUUGCAGAGGGCAGCGAUGAUUUGUAAAAUUCCGCGAGUAAUUGCCCUUGCAUAUCUGAGUUUUAGUUUAACCUGCUGUGUUGGUGAAAAUGCUGAUCCGUUACUUGGAGAUAUUCCCUUGAUAGCCACACAUUUUGGCACGAAAGGUCGCUAUGAAGAAGUCAACACAUACUUGAUCAAUGACCCACUCGCAGUAAAUGAAACGUUAAUUCGCUUGCCCUCUUCGGAAUGUAGUGCUAUUCACCUGUUAACUGUUAUACGUCACGGUACUCGGGACCCCACCAACAAAAAUGCCAAGAAGAUGACGGACUUCUACAACCUAGUCUUAUCCAAUGCGUCAAACUGGCUUCAGAAAGUGGGCCUAUCUCAGUGGAAGAUGUGGUAUACAGAGGACAUGGACGGUCGUCUUGUUGAGAAAGGACGGAUGGACCAUACGAACUUGGCAAUGAGACUCGCAAAGUCUUUCCCAACUUUGGUAACGGAACAUAAUCUACGAAAUGGACACAUUAAAUUCGUAACAAGCUCCACACACAGGUGUAUCAACAGCACCAUCGCCUUCCAGAGAGGCCUGAAGAAAUCUUUUGGUAUUGAAGGCGAGGACUAUGACUAUGAGGUGAAUGACGCUCUCAUGCGGUUCUUCGAAAAGUGUGACAGAUUUGUUGUGGAGGUGGACAAAAACAAGAGUGCCGUGGUGCAAUUGGAGCAUUUUCUUAGCGGGCCGGAGAUGAAGAGGAUCUACGAGAAGAUGGCUGAUCGGCUGCAGGUCCCCUACCCUGCAAUCACAGCAGAUAUGGCGGAAGCUGCGUUUUACCUGUGUGCUUAUGAGUUUGCCAUAAAAACGAUCAACUCUCCUUGGUGUCAACUGUUUGAUGAUGUGGAUGCCCAGGUGAUGGAAUAUGCAGGUGACUUGAAGCACUAUUGGAAGAAGAGCUAUGGCCAUGAGAUCAACAGCAAAUCUAGCUGCGUUCUCUUCCGUGACCUGUUCAAUCGUCUCGACCAAGCUGCUAACGACAGAAGGUCUGGCAAGGUGUAUGAGGCUGUGACGGUGCAGGUCGGCCACGCAGAGACGCUGAUUCCUCUUCUCACCCUUUUGGGGCUGUUCAAAGAUGUCGACCCCUUGACCUCCACUAACUUUGCCACGCAGACCGGGAGGGUCUUCCGCUCAGGGCGUAUAGUGCCGUAUGCUAGCAACCUAGUCCUGGUGCUGUAUGAUUGUCCUGAAGGCCUCAGGCUCGAGACUAGACUCAACGAGCAGCCCUUGAUGCUUCCCAAAAUGGACACUCAUUUGCCACUGUUUGAGGAUGUCAAGCGUAACUAUGCUAAGCUUCUACAGGGAUGUGACCAAAAAGCUGUGUGUGACCUGCCAGAGUGAUCAGCUCGUGGUGGAUUGGAGUGGUGUUUUGCAAGGAAUUGUGUCGACAUUAUAUGUUUUUUCAACCACACGUCACCACUAUAUGCAAACAUGACUUCCUAUCAACACAAAGAUACAGGCACAACUGUAGGCACAUAUUGUAUCGCCAUGACAAUGCACAACAGAUUAUUUAGCCUAAACCUCCCUCCACCAGACUUAGCUUUAGGAUUUUGUGUCAUGAAAUUUGCUCAAAUGUCCUGCAGUAAAAGUCUUGCCCAAUAA